CCAACCAAAUGAUGGACAACAGCGAUCCUCAACAGCAUCCACAGCAUUCGCUGAGUGGUCUGCCUCCACUGCCAAAAAGUCUGAGCUCUGCCGCCGCUGCCGCUGCCGUAGCCACCGCCUCACUUCAACAGCACACAUCCCAUACCGCCUCGCCAUCGGCGAGUGUGGUCACCCUGACCGCCGCCGCCGGGGACCUCUAUUUGGGUCCCUCCACAUCAGCGGCAGCAGCCAGGAAUCGCAGCUACAACGGUCAUCAUAGUCAGCGUCAUGGGAGCCUCUCCUCUACCCAGGAGUCGCUCAGCGAUCGGGAGUCUGUGCACAGUCGCGCCUCCUCCACACACAGUGCUGGUCCGGGUGUGGCAUCCGGAAGUCAACAGCACACGCCCACCAACAGCUCUAGCAGCACUGGAGCCUCAUCAUCGACGAUCGACAACCAGUUGGCCAUACUCCGCCGUGAAAUGUACGGCCUGCGGCAGUUGGAUUUGUCGCUGCUUUCGCAGUUAUGGGCCUUGAACGAAUCGAUACAGGGAUUUCGGGUGUUUCUGCAGGAGCAGGAUGCCAUGUCGCCACCGUCGCGAUCGCGGACACCCUCCGAUGCCAACUCAUUGUCCUCGGACGAGGAUGACGGCUCCUAUGCGCCCGUGGUGGGCCCGAAGCUGAUAGACGCGCCGGUGCCCAGGACCAUGGCCUCGCCGGCGGCUAGUGGGGGGCUGCCCACCAAACUGGCAACGGGUUCGACAACUUCCCAUGCGUCAACCAGCUCGACAUCGGGGACCUCUGGCUCCUCGUCGGCUGCCUCAUCGAUGGGCAAGCAUCAGCAGCUUCAACAGACGCCCCACUAUCAUCAAAGGCCAGCACCACCACCCGCACCACCUGCACAGCACAAGGCGCAUCCUCAGCUGCCGCGUAUCCUGCAGCAGCGCAUGAGGCAGGCACCGCCACCGCCUCCACCGACAAGGGCCAAAGGCAGCGGCGGCGGGGGGGCGAGCAGCAGUAGCAGCAAUCACAGCAUUAGCAGCGUCACCCAACAUCAUUCCCAUCCACAUCCACAUGCCCAUCCUCAUCCAAAUGCCCAUCACUCGCGGCCUGUAUGACAAAACCCGUUCUUGGACUAAACUGAGUCCAAGAACAACACAAAAGGCAGAUGAAUACCUUUCGCAAAAAGGUCAAUUAGACGGGGAAAUAUCUUCAAGAGUCAAUUCAAAAUUUAAAAAAAAAAAACUCGAUGAAAAACUCACACACAUCUCAAACAAAGCUUGCCAUUGCUCCUCCUCCUCCAUUUCGUUUUUGAUAUUUUAGCAAAACGAAA